CUCGCCGAUAGCAAUCACUAAAAGUCAAUUUGGAACCAUAAUCCAUUUCAUCAGACAAAAGCCGAUACCAGCUCAGAAUAUAAAAGAUAUUCCCAUCCCCUCAAAAUGUCCGCACCAGCAGCAUCCGCCCCGAAGCUAGUCUUUGGCUCCACCCCCUUCUUCGGCGGCGAGGUUGACGUGAUCAAACAAUAUCUGGAGAUCCUCCGCGAGCUGGGCAUCAAGACUAUUGACACCGCGCAGCUCUAUGGCGAAAGCGAGGCCGGGCUCGGCCAGGCCCAAGCCGCAUCCGACUUUAUCAUCGACACCAAGAUGUCGUGCACCUUCAUGAACCUGCCUGCCACCAAGGCCAACGUGGUCAAGUACGGGCGCGAGAGCUUGGAGAAGCUGCAGACGGAUAGUGUCGACGUCUACUACCUGCACAUGCCCGACCGCUCCGUGCCGUUUGAGGACACCAUGUCCGGGCUGCAGGAGCUCUACGAGGCCGGAGCGUUCAAGCGGCUGGGGCUGUCCAACUUCCUGGCGCACGAGGUGGACGAGAUGGUGGCCAUCGCGGACAAGCACGGCUGGGUCAGGCCGAGCGUGUACCAGGGCAACUACAACGCGGUGGCGCGGGCGACGGAGACGGAGCUCUUCCCGACGCUGCGCCGCCACGGCAUCGCCUUUUACGCCUACAGCCCCAGCGCCGGCGGCUUCCUGGCCAAGACCCCCGAGGGCCUGACCGGCGCCCGCUGGGACCCCUCGGCCCCCAUGGGCAAGCUGUACAGCGGGCUCUACAAGAAGCCGGCCCUCGUCGCCGCCCUCGGCACCUGGGGCGACCUGGCCGCCGAGGAGGGCGUCUCCAGGGCCGAGCUGGCCUACAGGUGGACCCUGCACAACUCCAAGCUGUCGUCCGCCCACGGCGACGCCCUCGUCAUCGGCGCCCGCACGCCCGAGCAGCUCAGGGAGGUGGUUGCUUGGCUCGCAAAGGGCCCGCUGAGCCAGCCCGUGGCGGAAAAGAUUGACGUGCUGUGGGAGAGCAUCAAGGACGACGCGCCCCUGGACAAUGUGAACAGUGCGGCGGUGCCGUUUGGGACUAAUUAAGGGGUUUAGCCGGAGUUUUUAUUAUCCUUUUAGACUAGACUGCGUUCAGCAGGAUUGAUCAAUGAGAGUACGAUAUUGUAUGCUUUAGUUGCUUUAAUUGCUUACCAUUGUAGACUAAACAUUUAUCCGCCAGAGGUGCGGCAGUGUCCACUUUUGGGCGUCCUGGACCCCGAUCCUGCUUAUAAACCCAUCCAGUUCGCUACCCCG